UAUCAUCGAUCGGCCAGUAUUCGAUACGGAGUCUAAUUUGUAUGUAUGCCGCACAUGGUUUAUUGUGGCGCAAAUGUAUAUAAGUUUCCCGAAUUAGUAGUGUCUUUAAAGAUAAUACUGUUAUGUUAUAAAACCAAUAAGAAAUGUUGCAUGCUUUAGCAGUGCAACAACUUUAUAGUGAUUUCCUUAUAGAAAAGUGGGCAUAAUCAAUUGUAGAUGCCGGUUUGUGCGAUAAGAUUGUUUUGUGUUUCUUGAAACGGGGGUGUGACAGUUUGUGCAUUCUUAGAAUAUGGUAUAUUUUUUUUUCUUUCAAAAUGAAACUGAAUGUUAUAUAAGUUUUACCUUUUGAUCGUUCGGUGAAUGAAUUACCACCACGCUAAAUUUCAAAGAGCGUACAUUGUACUUGAGAGUGUUUAUUUUCCUUUACAUGUGUCAACAAUUUGGAUUCAAUCGAAAGUGUAUAACAUUGAAUUUAAUUACACAAUUUAUACAUUUUUCAAAAAUUUGUGCCAUAUCUUGACGUGAUGCGUUAUUAAACGACAUAAAAAUACCAAAGUUACGAAAGCUAUUUAUAGGUUAUAAAAUUAUAUGUGUGCUGUUGUCAAUAGCGGCAACGGCGAAUCAUUAAGUAAUAUUUAAUGCAAACUCCAUGCAUUGGCUUCAAGCAACAAAUAUACGCGAAGAAAUGCCUUUAAGCCAAUUAAAUCAAAGUAAUUUCGUUAGUACGAACGAAAGUGUAAAUCCUGGCACUGAAAUAGCAUCAACUUGUUAUACUCCUCCACCUUCAUACCAUAAUAUUAAUUUACCUCUGGGACACCCAUCUACUUUGAGUAAUGAUUGUGGUGCACCUCCUUCUUAUGAAGAAGCCAUAGAUCCAAAUGCUCCUCCUCCAUCCUAUGAUUCAUUAUUUGGUCGUAUGAGGGAAGCACAUAAAGUUUCAAAAGGAGUAUUUGAUUUUUUGAAAAAUAUUAUUGUCUUACUUUUAGGCACUAUUGGAUGUACUAUUAUCUUAGGAGUAACAAUAGUAGUUCCAAUAUGUAUGAUGGUCAUUGGAGGACUUUAUCUUUAUGAUUGUCCACAAGGAGAAUAUAUUCCUGUUUAUUUAUUAGUGGGUGGUGGUUUUGGUGUUUUUAAACAGUUAUUACAUUUAUCUGCAAGAGUACGGCAACGUCAAGAAGAAAGAGACGAAGAAAGAAUACGACAAUCUCCAACGCAAACAUUAAUUAAUUGUUUUAUGCUUGGCUGGUUUAUUAUAGGCUCAAUGUGGGUAUAUAAGGAAUAUGAGCCAAAUUAUGAUCCAGCUCUCGGCAAAUAUUGUAAUAAAACAUUAUAUUUAUUUGCCUUUUGGUUAAUUACGGCUGUUUACAUAUUUCUGGGAGUGAUAACUGCCGGUUUUUGUAGCAUUUCGGUAGCAAGCAUCGCAUUUCAAAGACCACCUCCUGAUCUAAUGUAAAGUAACAUGAUCUCACUUUAAAGAGAAAAAUAGUCGUUCAAAAAUCUAUUAUUUUGGGAACAAAACGACAAAUUUUGCGAAAUGAAGAACAAAAAUUUUUUGUGGAUAUAAAAAUCACAUCAUAACAGGGCACAAAAUUUCGUCCACGCUUUACGUACCUGAGAUGCUUAAAACAACAAUCUACAAACGGAUCGUUUGCACAUUUAAAUGCACAUAAAAUGCGCUCGAAUAUUAAAAUUUUAUUUUGUAAUCGUUCAUGAUAACAUUUCUUGAUUUUUCGUAGCGUACUUGAUUCAAUAUCUCAAUUAAGGCGACUUUUGCUAUGAAUCAUGUCAAACGAAUAUAGCAAAAUUGAUUGAUUUCUUAAAAUUGGUAUAAACGUGGAGGGAAGGAAAAAAAAAAAAAUAAGAAAGAAAAAAUAGUUGAUGCUUUAACCAAUUCAGGGCUGUGGAUAUUUCGCAAUAAUCGCGAAUUCUUUUGAUAUUGUGCCAAGAAAUCGCAAAGCUGUAGAGCGAAGUAUUUUGCUAUCAACAUCGAUUACCCGUAUCGAUAUUCAAUUCGUAUGGAUAUUCUUAACUUGAGUAGAAUCUCAGGACGUGUCAUAAAAAAGAAAAAAAAAAUAUUCUAACACGAAAGUGUCAUCGAACACUGUGAUAACAUAUAAGAGAAAUUUUACCGUCGUCAACGCGCUAAAACAUGAUACAUACUACUUUAUGGCGUUUAAUUAAACGGCAGCUGUUUAACAGUUCUUCUACAAGUGAAGAUAGUCAUAUUCACUUGUAUAAAUAGCUUAUUGUUAAAAGACUGCGAUACUUCGCAAAACACGUUUUUUAUUCCUUUGCCCUCUCCUCCGUCCUUUUAAAACCUUUCGACCUCCAUUGAGCCUUUAUGUCAAUGUAGUCGAAUAACCGUUUUAUAAAGACUCGUUUGAAAAUUAAGGGGUAAACUAUAUAUAAAUAUAUAUAUAUAUAUAUAAAUAUACAUAUGUAUAUUAAACUCACGCUCCUUUUAGUAUUUCGAAACAUUUGAAUGCCAGUAUUUAUUAGUAUCGUUAGAAAAAAAAACAAUUUUUAAGAAAUCAUCGUAUUUGAUUGGUAUUUAGGUUAAUGUAGUGAGGAUGGAGAACUUUCGAUUGAAAAAACAAAAUGUAUUUCUCGACGUUUUAUUAAUGUAAAAAAAAAAAAAAAAAAAAAACGUUUCUUCCACUUUAAUAUAACUUCUUUAUCUGUAUUUUUCAAGACAACGUUUUCGUCUUCCUAUUUAAGUCCGGUUCAAUCAAGAUAUUGUAAAUAUACUUCGAAAUCAUAUCUCUUUCUCUCUUUCUAUAUAUAUAUAUAUAUAGUUAUCUAUUUACGUGUUACUAUUGACGAACGUACUUUUGAAAUAUACACGCUUGUAUGCCAUAAAAGGGAAAAAGAAAUAAAAAAAAAAAAAAAAAAAGAAACCUUAACGAAUGAUACGAGCGAGCUUGCGCUUUCAAGGAUAUAGAAGACAUGAAAAUCUCUUGCGUAUUUAAGUACAUGAUUAUUAUAAUAAAAUUGAUCUUUCGAUUAAAACUGAAUAGACUGCAAUUAUCUUGAGCGUACGCUUAGCUAAUGUUAUGAACACAUACCCUCGUUCUAUUUGUUGCUGAUAUUUAAUGUAUUACACGUACGUACAUACUUACAUAUACAUACACUUACACAUUAAAUACUUUGCAAAUGAAACUUUCGAACAAAGACCUAUGCGUGCCUGUAAAAUACGUUCUUUACAUUGUCUCGUAUUAUGGGCACAUACGCACAUUUGUUAUUAUAAUUUCCUAAAUAAACUGCUUAAAAACA